AUGUCUGGUGGCGUCAAGAGAGAUCGCGACGGCAACGCCCGCGCUAAAAGCGCCAGGGAUGAUGCCCCUCGCGGUCAAUUCCACGACAUGUUUGAAACGUUUCGCGAUGAGCUCGAUGAACAUUACGACCGCCGGGAGAGGAUCAUCAAAGUCUCCAGAGAUGUCACAGCUUUGAGCAAAAAAAUAGUGAAGAACCUUCAUGCCGAAUUCCCACCAAACAUUCAAAAGGAGGUGGAUAGCCGCCUUGCGGAGAUAUCAACACUACUCAACUCCAUUGCCGCUGAUCUUACGCCUCUCAAUCGUCAGCGAUACAGCUACUCGCUACGCUGCCUCGAGGAACUCGUCGAGGCCCUCUCAUUCGCACACUAUCUCCGCCACCAGACGCUCAUCACACCCGCUGAGACACAAGCAGCAGUCCCCGCGGAUGUCGAGAUCUCUCCCUUUGACUACAUGUACGGUGUGUUCGAUUUGUUCGGGGAGUUGAUGCGCUUUGCGACCGUGACCACCGCGCAACGCGGCGAACUUGUUGGAAAUGACGAGGGAAGGAAUAUUCUCGGCGAUAUCCACGAGCUAGGUUGUGCCUAUGAGAUGCUACCAGAGAUCCCGACCAAGGAUUACAGGCAGAAAAUUACGGCCAUGAGACAGAGUGUUGUUAAAGUCGAAAAGUUGGGAUACGGACUGGUCGUCCGAGGCAGUGAGCGGCCAAAGGGCUGGGUGCCAGACAUGAAGGACGACGCACCGGACCCCAGCUCGCCAUGA